UAUUUUCCUCAUCGCAGCUGGUCCUCCUCCUCUCCUCUCCCCCAUCCACCUCACAUCACCACGCAGCUAUGCUCUUCCUAUCCAUCCAGCAAACGCACACAAAUGGCUUGGCGUUGCCCCCCGCCACCCCCAACCUGGAGUGCGCGCGGCCGUCAAGACCAGAGGACGCCAUGGGCGCCUGCCUUGGAGCUCCCCUGCCAUGGACCUGAUCUGGCCGUCAACUCGCCACCCCAUGCGUGCUCCGAAUCCGGCCGAUCCCGCGCCGCUCAUGCCCUGGUGGCCCUGCCGACAUCGUCGCCUAGGAAGACCACCAUGCCCGCUGCAGGAGCUUCGAGCCGGAUCUGGCCCCUCUCCGACCUCCCUCGCCGUCCUUCAUCCGUUCCCGAUAUCCUCCCGGCGCCAGGAGCUCAGGCGAGCGCCGCCACAAGACCCUGCCUCCUCUGCCCCGUAGCCCGCCAUGGAGGUCGCCGCCUCUCCCGUCUCGAUCCGUCUGCGGCCGGAUCCACGGCGGAGCAGCCGAGAUCCGCCGCCCGUUCCGCGACGCCUCGGCCCGCCAAGGCCAGCGCCGAGGCCGACAAGGCGCGCAGGAAGGCCAAGGCCCUCACCAAGCAGCGGGAGGACUUGCGGGCUAGGCUUGCCUACCGCAAGCACGCCCGCGAGCUCACCUCCAUGCCGGCCAAGGCCACCGCUGCGACGCCAGUUUUUUUUUACGAAUAGUUUCCCAGAUCCACUUAAUAGGGACUGCGGGUUGAUUUCACGGAAACAGAGGGACUUUUUUGCAAAAGUGACGACGACGUACGACCAGAAGCACUCCGUGCUUUAUUAGUAGGGAAAGAUAUACAGCUAAAAUACAGCCCAAUAAGCCUAAAAACCAGCUGAAAAUGUGCAGCCCAGCGUGUUAAACGGGCCAACGUGCCAGACUGUUUACUAACCUGGGCCUAGAGGCGCAGUACGUGGGCCGACACGACACGGCCCGCUAGCCGACCCGUUUGGCCAACUUUGGUCGAUCGGGUCCCAAACGGGUCGCUACAAUGUGAUUACGGUCCAGGUCAGCUGGAUUUAUUGGAAAACUCUUUAAAACACUAGAGUGGUCUUUUCUACUCCCUCCGUUCCUAAAAAUUUGUUUUUUUAGAGAUUUCAAAUGGACUAUCACACAUGGAUGUAUAUAAACAUAUUUUAGUCUAUAGAAUCACUUAUUUUGCUCAGUAUGUAGUCACUUAUUGAAAUCUCUAGAAAAACAAAUAUUUAAGAACGGAUGGAGUAUUCGUUAA